AAUAACCUACCUCAUCACAACCUAACCUCAACCACUCAAUAUUCAUAUUCAUCAACACACAAGAGUCUAGAGAGUGAGCUAUGGAGGCUAAAGAACAAGAUGUUUCAUUGGGAGCUAACAAAUUCCCAGAGAGACAACCAAUUGGUAUUGCAGCUCAGAGCCAUGAUGAUGGCAAGGACUACAAGGAACCACCACCAGCACCAUUGUUUGAGCCUUCUGAACUCACUUCAUGGUCUUUCUACAGAGCUGGGAUAGCUGAGUUUGUAGCCACUUUUCUGUUCUUGUACAUCACUAUCUUGACUGUUAUGGGUGUUAACAGGUCUGAGUCUAAGUGUAAAACUGUUGGUAUUCAAGGAAUUGCUUGGUCUUUUGGUGGCAUGAUCUUUGCUCUUGUUUACUGUACCGCUGGUAUCUCUGGGGGUCACAUAAACCCAGCAGUGACAUUCGGUUUGUUCUUGGCAAGGAAAUUGUCAUUGACCAGGGCUGUGUUCUACAUGGUUAUGCAAACCCUUGGUGCUAUCUGUGGUGCUGGUGUGGUUAAGGGUUUUGAGGGAAAGACUUUCUACACCAACAAAAACGGUGGUGCUAACUUUGUUGCCCCUGGUUACACUAAAGGUGAUGGACUUGGAGCUGAGAUUGUUGGUACCUUUGUUCUUGUCUACACCGUCUUCUCCGCCACUGAUGCCAAGCGUAGCGCCAGAGACUCCCACGUUCCCAUUUUGGCUCCAUUGCCAAUUGGGUUCGCUGUAUUUUUGGUGCAUUUGGCCACUAUCCCAAUCACUGGAACUGGUAUCAACCCUGCUAGGAGUCUUGGUGCUGCAAUUAUCUUCAACAAAGACCUUGGUUGGGAUGAUCACUGGAUUUUCUGGGUUGGACCAUUCAUUGGUGCAGCACUUGCAGCUCUUUACCACACAGUUGUGAUCAGAGCCAUUCCUUUCAAGUCAAGUAAUUAAAUUUAAUCCAACGGUUUAUGAUCUUUGAUGCCAAACCAGGCCAACUUUGUGGGUUUUAUUUCAUUUGAUCCUUAUCUGGUUUUAAUUUGUAUGUAAAGGAUGUUGUAAGUGUAACGUGUAAUGAUUAUUAUUAUUAUUAGGUGGUGAGUGCGUUGGGUGAUGGGUCAGUUUUCCAUUACUUUUAAGUUGGAAUAUGGCUCAACCCUACCCAUGUGUGAUGUAUUGUUGUAAUUGUUAUCUUUUUAAUUUAUAAAACAAUAAUAUUCUCUUUUGGCA